GGUCACUUUUUUGCAAUAACAAGGAGAACACAGAAUGGAAAGUAGCAGGGACAAAUUGCGGCAAAUUCUGCACAGAAUUAGUGUCUGAAGUGAUGGUCGAUUGUCCGAAAUGGCGGCUAAACAUCGGCUGUUUCUGCAGAGAAGGCUAUUAUUUGAAUAAGUUUUUGAAUUGCGUUUUGCCCGCCAAUUGCGAAGAGGACCCCAAACCCGCACAACGACGGCCCGACCCUCCCAUCACUUGCCCCGAGAACGAGAUAUACGACAACUGUUCGUCCCGUUGUCUCGAGCAGUGCUCCAAACGAGACGACCCGAUCUCGUGUCCCAUCACUUGUGACUCCGGGUGUUUCUGUCGCGGCGCCCGACUCCGCAACUCCGGCGGACAGUGUAUUGAUAUCAAGAGUUGCGAAGAGUUGGUCCCCAAACCGCCCGAAGUGGUGGCCAAACAGUGUCCGGCCGGCGAAGUGUACGAGCAGUGCUCCGAUCGGUGCAAAGAGAUGUGCCCUAACGUGAAGAACACGUUGGGUCGGGCGCUGGACUGCACCAAAUGCGAAGGCGGCUGCUUCUGCAUCAAUGGCCACAUGAGGAAUGAAAAGGGAAAUUGUAUUUACCAUAAGAAGUGCGACCGAAAGAAUGCAUUGUUUAAAGUGAUGUCCAUCGCUGAAGCCACGGAA